AAUUUGGGAUGAGGAGGAGGAGGAGGGGGAGGAGGAGGAAGGGGAGGAAGAGGAGGAGAGGAGGAGGAGGAGGAGGAGGAGGAGGAGGAGGAGGAGGAGGAGGAGGAGGAGGAGGAGGAGGAGGAGGAGGAGGAGGAGGAGGAGGAGGAGGAGGAGGAGGAGGAGGAGGAGGAGGAGGGCCUAUGCUAGCAAACGAGGGCGGGAGGAUAGGGUGAGAAGGGCGAGGAGAGUGCGCGGAAG